AUGGGACCAGCAGAGGCUUCCUCCUCACCCGCCUUUCCUGCCCUGGAUCCCAUCAUCAUGGACGACGAGAUGGAGUCCACCUUCCGCAACGCCAACAUGGAUUUUCUUGACCCGGCCAAACUCGACAUGCCCUCGGAGUCCGCUGGAGGGGAAUUUGAUGACCUAUUCUCCCAUGUUGCCCACUCCUGCUCGACUGUCGCACCCGAGUCUUCCAAGCGCUACCAGGACCAACACCCCCUGAGACAACCACCCGUCCUGACCGCCGAUUCCCCAGCAGAGUCGCCCGAUAAUUCGAGCCGCAGUUCUUUGUCAGAGUCUCCGCGAAAUCACUUGCGGCAAUCCUCGAUCGCAUCCACCAACUCCGCCGCUCAUAGCGAAAACCCCCUCGUAUCCACAGGCUUUACAUCGGAGGAAUGGAUGCGUCCGGAACUAUCGUCGGUCAAGGAGGAGUCACCAUUCACGAUAGAUCCGUCGUAUGCCAUGGAUGGCGGAAUUUCCAUGGCCCAUCCCGACCUCGAGUUCAGUAACCAAGCGAUGGAUGCGGCAUUUGACUUUGAGAGUGCAGCGAGCAGCCCCAGUCCCUUGAAGACGGAGAAUCCGCCCCAACUCAACGGCCACAAGCCAUCGAACUCACAGAUUUGGAGUCCGUCAAGUGCAUCCGCAGUACCCGCAUCAAAUGAUGCACAGGCCGCAUCUUCCGUUCCCCAGCCUGGGUCCCCAUUCUUCCCUUUCGGGCUCAAGGCACAGUCGCCAUUUGGAGAUCAAUUCACCAAUGGUACUGACAGACUGUCUGCACCCCAAUGGGGUGGGCAGUCUCCGUCGUCACUGUUAGAAGAAAGUUUUGGAGGCAUUAACAUGAAUGGGCACUCCCCACUGAAUGCUUCUAUGUCGCCAAAUAUGAACUUUGGCUCACCCAACUCCUUCCAAUUCCCAGUCAACUUUGCGCCUUCCCCGGCCCAGCCCCAGCGGGAAGCUGCACACUCGAUGCAACCCGUUUUAACCGUCCACCCAACUUCCCUCAAGUCGCGCGUCGAAACCCAGAUCCCGAUCCGAUUGACCCUUUCUCCGCUGCCGGCCGGCGUAAAGAAGCUGCGCCUCCCAUCUCACACCAUCUCCAAACUAAAAUUCCUCGCCCCUCCCUCUACCGAACUCACCGCCGACACCCUCCAACUAUACACAAGUUUGGUGUGUACCAGUGCGAUGCAAGACCGAGACAAGCUGAAGCGCGCAUUUACUCGGACAAGAGGCGAAGGAUACCAAUCGGGCGCGAACGGAAUGGAGGAAGAUCGGCCCUUGGAUGGCGGAGAUGUUAAGAUCUGCACUGGCUGUAUCCAACGGGAGCGCAAACGUGCUUCUCGGAAGAAGCAAAGGAAACCCGAAGAGGAUGAGCUCUUCCAAAAAGAUGAGGAGAAGCGUGUUAUCGUUUUCAACACGAGCGAGAUCAAGGAGUGGACCGAGCCACCCAAGAACGCUGCUGCUGGCUACGGUGAAAUGCCUCCUGCCCCUCCGGGAUCGAUGCAGGUGGAACUGCCCAUGCGGAUCGCGUGCUACUGCCGACACCAGAACGAGAAGCUUGGAUUCCAGGUCAUCUUUACUGUCAAAGAUCACAUGGACAAUGUUGUGGCCCAGGCGAUAACCAACUCCAUCAUGAUCACGGACGACCACAAAACUCAAGCGCCUUCCGCUCCUCCUCCUGCUGGCCACUCCCCUUCUCUGCCGGAUGGAACGCAAUUGCCAGGCGUGGGAGUCUUCUCUUCGGGUGAGAAUGGCAAGACUGCAAAUGCCGCGUUCGCCUCGCCUCAGUCGCCCACGGACCUCCAGGGUCUCCAGCAAAGAUUCAAUUCCCAGUAUCAACUUACCCCCAGCUCUUUCGCUGCCACUCAGAACGCAACCAACGGCGCGCCCGCGAAUUCUCCAACGCCCCGAAGCCUGUCUCGACAGGCGUCGCCCACGGACUUCCAGGGCCCGCAGACUAAGCGGCGGAAGCACAGCAGCUCUGGCCGGCUUCCCUCCGAGCUGACUAUGACACGAUUGGAGACUCCUCAGUCUAGCAGUGCUGCACAGCUUGCAGCUACUCGUGGCUUCACCUCGCCGACAGAGAGGCCAUUCGUGACGCCGUCGUCUAUGUCUGCGCACUACGGAAAUGGGCCUCCCACUCCUAGCCAGAGCAGCGAUAACAACCCCUUCUUUAACCCCACGCCUGCUCAACGACAGAGCUUGGAUAAUCUGGCCCAACAAAACUUGACGUCUGCGCCUAACUCUGCUCAGCCCAGCCGUCCGGGAACGCCAGGUGCGUCUGGCCGUAACGGUUUCCAGGACCAGAACCUCGCCCUUGCGCUCGGGGCCAACCCUGCGAAUCAGAUUUGGCCCUCCAUUGCCACCACACCUAACAGGCUGCCUUCCGUCAUACAUAAAUUGGUGCCCGCCGAGGGUUCAAUUACUGGAGGCACAGAAGUCACGUUGUUGGGGAGUGGUUUCUACCCGGGCAUGGAGGUUGUAUUUGGCGAUACUUUGGCAACCACUACUACCUUUUGGGGUGACAAGUGCCUCAACUGUCUCACUCCUCCCGCCCUUCAGCCCGGAUUGGUUUCGGUGGUUUUCAAGCACGAGCAUCCGACUUUCGGUCAAGUGCAGCAGGCUCAGCCUCUCAUGCCUAAACAGCAAUUAUUUUUCCGAUACGUGGAUGAUCGGGAGCUUCAGAUGUAUCGCCUGGCCCUCAAUAUUCUUGGGCAAAAGCUGGGUAGCCAAGCAGAUGCAUUCCAAACCGCUCAGCAGAUCAUGGGAAGUGACCCGAACGCUAUCUUCAAUUUGCAGAAGGAUAUGCAAGGUGGUGGCUCUUCCGGCAGCCACCAUCGUCAAGUGCCAGGGCUGGAGGCCCAAGGCAAGCUCAGCGAUCUCGACUCUAAGAUGCUGACCUAUCUCGAGUACAUCGAUCUGGAUGACAACCCCCGGCCACCGCGCUACAACUCUCGUAGCACCACCGGCCAGUCCCUCCUGCACUUUGCAGCUUCGUUGGGACUGACCCGGUUUGUUGCGGGACUCUUGGCUCGUGGUGCAAACCCUGAUGUGCAGGACAACACUGGCAAUGCACCGAUGCAUCUAGCUGCUCUUCAUGGCCAUGCUCAUAUCGUCAACCGACUGCGCUUGGCAGGCGCCAAUGCCAAUGCUCGUAGUGUGCGUGGUUUCACCCCUGCGGACUUGGCGACAACUCUUCCUGCCCACCAGGCUGCUCUGCUUCCAUCUCGCCAUUACCGCUCUCGAAGCGUUGGAUCUCUCACGUUGCGCCGGAGACCCAGCAGUUCUGCUUCUCUCAAUUCUCUUUGGGAGGUUUCCUCCGCUUCAGGGUCUUUGGGCCAUACUGCUGAUGAUUCGGUGGACUUGGAUGAUAGCGAAGAUUUGGACAGCGACGACUCUGAGGGUCCCCUGUUCCUCAAUAUAUCUCGGAGGUCGAGCAUGCAUCAAGAUGUUAUUCCACCCAUCGUGGAUACUGGUGAGCAGCCUCCCGCACCCGACGCGCGCGGUUUCUCUACGGCAGCAAUUGUUGCCUGGCGUAACCACCUUGCGGGGCAGAUCAACCAUUUCCAGCAGAGCGUGGCCAACGCCUUCCCCAACAUACCUGCUUUGCCUCCUAUGCCUGCUAUGCCCGCUAUGCCGGACUAUCAGGCCAAUCAAAUGAUGCGGCGCAUCACCAAUCUCGUACCUCAUCGGCCCACGGCCCGAGACGGAUGGUGGGACCUGCUGAAGGGCACCACCGCCCAGACUCAGAACCAACCGCCUUCCUACGAUGAACUGUACCCCCAUCAGCAGGACAAUGUGGAAGCGGUAGAGAUAAAGAAAUCUGCCCUCUUGCGUGCUGCAACCGAGACCGCCUUAGAUCAACACUUCGAGGCACAGAACAGCGCCCCGUCUGCAUCGACAUCGGCAGCUGCUGCCACCAUCGAGCGCAGCACUCACACAGACAAGAAUGACCUGAAGGAUAUUACUAUUGGACGCAAGGUCAUUUCACGUGAACAGCAGAAGCACCUCCGCGAGCACCAGGCCCGCCGAAUGAAGGGCCUCGGUAGCGACCGGAACCUCUACUUUGUUUGGAUACCUCUUCUGCUUCUAGUUAUUUGCGCUUGGAUUCGGAAUUACGUGCCCGGGAUCUGGCAAGGCGUCACGGACAGCUAUAACUUUGCGAAGGCUGGCUACACACAGCGGGCUGUGGGAUUAGGCAUUUAG